GGGGAUGAACAUAGUGAAUGACUUCAAUUCAAUGGCUGCUGUAUUGCAACUCUAAGAGAAUGCGAAAGAGAUUAGUCUUUUUUGUUAGCACUUAUUUAAGGCCUACUAUUUCCUGUAUAUUCUAGUUCGAGUCUCAACAGCACAUUCUUUGCCUUAUCUUGCAAAUUAUCAUACUUGUCAUCGAUCACAAUGGGUUUUGCAACUCGAAUUUUGUUUGCGCGGCAAGCUCUGCUCACGCCUCAAUUACACCACAAUACUCAACACUGUCACCGUCUGUAUAAUGUUACCAACGCUCGUUUCUCACAGAUUUCGCAACGAUUUCCACAGAUGCGUCACCUUUCCCAAGUAGCAAAUGACAACUCAGCAACCAAGUUUGAGCCACUGCCAGAUCAUGACCAACACUUAGUAAAGGCGAUUGAGCAGAUAGUUCAAGAAGACACCGAUUCUCCUGCGAAGCGUACUGGAACCGUGGCAUGCUAUGAGACAUGUGGUCCCACCCGCUGGAACCUAUUCCGACAAGCUUUUGACAAGCUGCCUAUAGAGCAAUGGGAGAAUAAAGUGAGAGAAGGAACGGAUCCGGAAAGUCUUAGGGUACUGUGGGAGUUAAGGACGUUCCAAGGAGGAGAAGAUACAAGUGUUGUUGUGUUGAAGAGGAGAUUUAACGACAUGCCGAAAGUGAGUGGGAAUCUUUGGGUCGAUGAAGAAGAAGAUGAUGAUUCGGAUGAAGACGAUUCGGUCGAUUCGAAUUAUGAAUACGGUUGGAAUGAUUCGGAUGAUGAUGACGAUUCGGACGACGAUGACGAUUCGGACGACGAGGAUGAUUCGGACGACGAGGAUGAUGAGAAGGGCACAUGCAGACGAUCGGGACUAUACAAACGGAGACGAUGUCUUUUGUGCCUCGACCCAAAAUAAUGGGAUAAGUUAUAGUUCCAGGGUUGAGAAUAAAUACCAAAUUCUACUCAUAAGAAGUGAAAACAUUUGAAUGUAGCAAGUGAAACUAGUCUACCUAGUAGUAAUAAUUGACGUGUACGUCCCUUCA